AUGCAUUCUCCAAGACAAUCACAUUUUGGCAUUGCUAAAAGAGUGCUUAGAUAUGUUAAAGGAACAACUGAUCAUGGUUUGUGGUUUAAAUCAGCUAAGAAUGGUUGUUUACUUGGUUUUUCAGACAGUGAUUGGGUUGGUUGCGUGGAUGAUUAUAAAAGUACUUCAGGUUAUAUGUUCACAUUAGGAAAUGGAGUUUUUUCUUGGAGUUCCAAGAAGCAAGAAGUUGUUGCUCAAUCCUCAGCUGAAGUUAAGUAUAUUGUUGCAGCAAAUGCUGCAAAUCAUGCAGUUUGGUUGAGGAAGCUUCUUACUGAUUUGAGCAUGCUUCCUUCCAAUGCCACAGUGAUCAAAGUUGAUAACAAGUCAGCCAUAUACAUGGCUCAAAAUCCAGUGCUUCAUGGAAAAUCUAAGCAUAUAAAGGUGAAGUUCCAUGUUUUGAGGCAGUUGGAGGCAGAGAAGGAAGUUCAUGUAGAGUAUUGCAAGCCUCCCAUCUGCUUAUAUAAAGCAACCCAGAAAAACAAAGUUUGCACGUUCUAUCAUGCUGAACAACCUGAAGCCCAACUCUCUUAUAGUCGCAUUGUUAAAGUCAGUUCUGUUUUGCCCCCGACUGUUUGCAACCGGAAUUCGACCAGAGUUCCAAGCAAAGCAUCUCUGGAGGUUGUAAGCAGAUAUGGUCCAUGCUCCUACAUUAAUAAGGGCAAAGUAAAACCUCUGAAUUACUCGGAAAUUCUGCUCAAAGACCGCGCCCGAGCCAAAUACAUUCAAUCCAGACUCUUCAAGCUCAAACAUUCUGGCAGUGAUGAUGACCUUUUAAAGCAAAAAGACUACUUUACGGUGGGCACAAAGCCUGAUAUAUCAGCUGGGGCAUCCAUCGAGUUCUACAUUACUGCAUCCCUGGGAACGCCAGGACAGAGGGUUAAUCUCCUUUUGGACACCGGUAGCGACAUCACUUUUACACAGUGCACGCCAUGCCUUGAUUGCUUCAAACAGAAAACACCCUUAUUUGAUCCAUCCAAAUCCUCUUCGUUUUCUGUCGUUCCAUGCAGAUCCUGUUUAUCAGAUUUCGAACCAGUUUGCAAUAAAGCGAACCAGUGCAUCUACAGGCAAUCAUACGGCAGUGGUAGAUCCUCUGGCGUCGUGGCUACUGAAAAGUUAACCAUUAUAAACCGCCGCUCUGGUACAUUUGUCAAAUACCCUUACAUUUUUGGUUGUGGCCGAAACAAUUCACUCGAUUUUGGAAUGGGUGGAGCAACUGGCAUAAUUGGUCUUGAUCGAUUUCCAGCAUCCUUUAUAUCACAAACUUCCCAAAAAUACUUUUCCUACUGCUUUCCCUCAUCUUAUAGCUCCCCUGGAUACAUUACCUUCGGCAGGACUGAUGAUGAUAAAAAUUACAAAUUCGUCAAGUUCACUCCAAUAGCCACUUCCUCAACACCGUCAGUGUACUAUGAUAUCAUCAUAACCGGAAUGGUCAUCGCUGGAGAAAAACUACCGGUAGCCAGUUCGGAGUAUAGUAAAUCAGGAGCGAUAAUUGACUCAGGAUCGACCGUCACGUCACUGCCACCAUCUGUGUAUGCGGCCCUGAGAUCAGCUUUCCGUAAGAAAAUGUCAAAUUACAAGAUGUUAAAACCAGGGAGCAUAGGUGACUUUGAUACUUGUUAUGAUUUAAGCGAAUAUGAUGAAGUUGUAAUACCAAAGAUUUCUAUACUUUUCAAAGGCGGGGUUGAAUUGGAGCUGGAUGUAAAGGGAAUUUUGCUGUCUUAUGGAAAGGAUUUAAGCCUAUCGUGUUUUGCUUUUCAGGAAGGCUCUGGUGAACCUUCUUUGAUCUUGGGAAAUAGUCAGACAAGGGGAAUAGAAGUGCACCAUGAUUUGAUCGGUCAGAGGGUUGGGUUUGGUCCUGGCGGUUGCAGCUAAAAUUGCACUUGAAAAUUGGCAAGAAGAAAUUCUUGUGCUUAAAUUUAUGUUUGAAAUAAUGUAUUCCUAAUUGUAUGCUUCUACUUCCUAGUGAUCUUGAAUAAAUUCUGGUAUGCGGGUUGGAAAAA